AUGCACAAUCCCAUACCACACACGUCGACCUCACACCCCGACGAUCCAAUUCCCGCUGAGCCACAAGAUAUACCACAGCUUUCAGUACAGCCAUCGCCGGCACAGGCACAGCCAGAGCAGACGUCGCCCAAGUCGUCAGGCGAGUCCGCGCUAUGGGCCAACAGUAGCGACGAUUCAGAGGCCCCGACGACGCCCAUGACUGAACCCGAUCAGGGCGUCGAGGAGGUCGUCGACAAGCUACAGGCGCUGCCUACCUCGGCCGUCAAUUUCUCAGAGCAAUCGCGACCCCGACGAGCAUCCACCACUCUCAUCUCAGACAACCCCAACGACAUCAGACGGAUACUGGGUGAGGGAGAGACGGCCACCAAGCUCAUCAGUCAGUGCUGCGGUGGAGGAUGCUGCCUGCUCAAGACACUGGCCCCAGACUCGUCGUCGCCCAACUUCAUACCCGUCGUCGUUCCCGACAACCAUGCCUUUAGGAGCCUCAAUCUCCAACUGGGCCCCCUCGCCCUGGACAGCGAGCUUACCGAUACGAUUCCGUUACCUCCUGUCAACAUGUCCUUCGAGCCGCUACCAUCCAAGGACACCAAGUACGUCUCGCAAGUGCACAAGAUGCCGCCCAAAUACGUUCAGCCACACCCGCCCUACGAGGUCUACUCGGCACCGCUAUACCACGCACGCGAGUUGACCAAGCCAGGCGCUGAGAAGAGGACAAUUCACUUCGACAUCGAUGUUACCGACUACCCUGAUGAGGGAGGCGUUGACUUCAAGGUCGGUGGUGCCGUCGGCAUCUGCCCUCCCAACUCGCAGGACAUGGUCGAUGAGCUGUUCGACCUUCUCUGCAUCCCCAAGUUCGUCCGCGACAAGCCAGUCACACUCAAGACCCAGACUGGAAGAUGGCCGACCAUCUGGGGCGAAGACCAAGCACGCGAGCUUGUCACAACCCGACGUGAACUGUUGACAUGGUGCGCAGACAUCCAGUCGCACCCGCCAACCAAGAAUCUCCUCCGCGUGCUCGCCGAAUAUGCCGAUGCCCCGAACGAGAAGAAGAUCUUAACAUAUCUUUGCUCGGCCCAAGGACAAGCAGCCUUCUGCGACCUCCGUACUACCUCUCACUUCACCGUCUCACAGAUGCUCAGCGCAUUCCCUUCGUCCAAGCCGCCGCUACCGCGCCUCCUCUCUGUCCUCACCCAACUCAUGCCUCGGUUCUAUUCUCUCUCAAACGACCCCCACAUCUCGUCGGCUCGCCCCGGCCUUCCCGGUACCCGCCGCCUAAUCGAGAUGGCCGUUACAAUCCACGAGACACCUGAUUGGCAUGCCCCGGGUGCCACACGUACCGGUGUAGGCAGUGGCUUCAUGGAGCGCCUGGCACACGCCUUCAUCACAACAGAGAACGAAGGUGUCGAUCCCCGCAGCAUUCUCGAUCUCCGCGUCCCCAUGUUCCGCGGGCUUAUGGCCAACCCGCUGUCUAAGCAGUUUGGUGGUGAAGGCCCUAUGGUGCUCAUCGGAGCGGGAGUUGGCAUGGCUCCUUUCCGAGGCUUCAUCCUGAACAGGCUCAAGAACGCCAAUUGCGCCAACAAGAUCUGGCUUAUUCAGGGAGUCCGAGACUCCAUGCUUGACGAGCUGUACUCUGGUGAGCUUGGCGAUCAUGAGCGCGAGAUCAAGAAGGUUGUGCAAAGCCGAAAGGUCAAGGUUGGAGGCUCCAACGAAGUCAAAUACGUUCAGGACGAGGUUCGCGUACAGGCCGACAUUGUCUGGUUCGUCAUCAACGCUCUUGACGGACGCAUCUUCGUCUGUGGCUCUAGCAAGGGCAUGGGCGAAGGCGUCGAAGAGUCACUGAUUGACGUGGCCAUGCAAAAGGGUCGUCUGAGCGAAGCACAGGCCAAGGAGUUCUGGGCCAGGAAGAGGGAGGAUGGGCAGUACAUUGCUGAAACAUGGUAA